GCCGGGCUCGGCUCUCCAGCGCGCGCCCCCUUCCCGGCCUUGUCCUCACCCCUCCCCCCGCUGCCCCAGAGCCCCUCUUGCACGCCGCCCCCCGCCCCCCGGCGCCCGGACGAUGCUCAAGUCUCGGCUCCGCAUGUUCCUGAACGAGCUGAAGCUGCUGGUGCUGACGGGCGGGGGGCGGCCCCGCGCCGAGCCGCAGCCCCGGGGGGGCGGGGGAGGCGGCUGCGGCUGGGCGCCCUUUGCCGGGUGCUCGACCCGGGACGGUGACGGCGACGAGGAGGAGUACUACGGGUCCGAGCCGCGGGCCCGGGGCCUGGCCGGGGACAAGGAGCUGCGGGCGGGACCCCCGCCGCCACCCGCGCCGCCGCCGCCCCCGGGCGCGCUGGAUGCCCUGUCGCUCAGCAGCAGCCUGGACAGCGGGCUCCGAACCCCCCAGUGCCGCAUCUGUUUCCAGGGCCCGGAGCAGGGGGAGCUCCUGAGCCCCUGCCGCUGCGACGGCUCUGUGCGCUGCACACACCAGCCCUGCCUCAUCCGCUGGAUUAGCGAGAGGGGCUCCUGGAGCUGUGAGCUCUGCUACUUCAAGUACCAGGUCCUGGCGAUCAGCACCAAGAACCCACUGCAGUGGCAGGCCAUCUCCCUGACGGUCAUCGAGAAGGUCCAGAUUGCUGCCAUAGUUCUGGGCUCUCUCUUCCUCGUUGCCAGUAUCUCCUGGCUUAUCUGGUCCUCCCUCAGCCCUUCAGCCAAGUGGCAACGACAGGACCUGCUCUUUCAAAUCUGCUAUGGCAUGUACGGCUUCAUGGAUGUCGUCUGCAUAGGCCUCAUCGUCCAUGAAGGCUCCUCAGUCUACCGCAUCUUCAAGCGCUGGCAGGCAGUGAACCAGCAAUGGAAGGUCCUGAAUUAUGACAAGACCAAGGACAUAGGAGGAGAUGCAGGGGGAGGGACAGCAGGGAAGCCAGGCCCCAGGACCUCAAGGGCAGGCCCCCCCUCUGGGGCCACCAGCCGCCCCCCAGCUGCCCAGCGCAUGCGGACGCUCUUGCCUCAGCGCUGUGGUUACACAAUCCUGCACCUCCUUGGACAGCUGCGGCCACCAGAUGCCCGUUCUAGCUCUCAUUCUGGCCGUGAGGUUGUCAUGAGGGUCACCACUGUCUGAACUGGACUCCAGGAGUGGGGAUCUUGAAUCAGAACAUUGGCCAGAGAUGAGCUCUCAUGGAGUGUGGUCCAGGUGGUACCUGGACCAGGUGUCCGGGGCACACUGACUGUCCCCACCACUGAGGAUCUCUGCGGGCAGCCUCAAGCUAGAGACACUGUGUGGCCUCUACUGCCCACUGGUUAGAGAUACUGGAUGAUGUUCCAGCCCUCACAGACAGCUCCUCACACUCAUUCUGGGGUGGCUAGUGGGCAAGUGGGGAGAACAGCUUUCUUCCCUGGAGAGAACCGUCCUUACCUCAGCUCCGAAGGCCUUCAGCUCCCCAGCUCCACCACGGUGACUUGGUGAAGGGGGACCAAUGCCAGAAGAAAGGGGCUGUAAACCCCCCCCCACUCCCCACCCUUUGGCCACUGGGCAUCUGGCAAUAAGACUAGUAUACAUUGACCUCCCAUUCCCUGCAUGAGGGCAGGGGGACUUCCCCCUCCUCCAACCCCCCCACCCCCCAUUGCAUGGGGGGAGGGCAUAAAGAAUCAUUUAUAUGCACAUA